GGGAUGUUGGAUGUGAAUGGUGGGCUAGAAUUUGGAUAACGUGGCCAGACCACGAGAGGCGGGAAUUCAAAGUGAGAAACUCAGCUUGGAUGGUUGUGUGUGCUCACCAUUUUCAUUACACAAACCUUCUCCUCUUAUUCGCAUAUACGAAGCGAGUAGCAGUGUUAUGGGUUGCAUUGUUGUUGAUUGAAAGGAAAAGCUGAAGGCGAUGGCUCUAAUAUACAACCAUGUUGCAUUCUUGAGGGGCGAUGGGUUCUGCAAAAAUGCAGGGUCGGAGAAGAAGUUAGAGGGUUUGAAGUUUGGUGUGGGUGAAGUGAUGGGGAAGCAACUUCAACAUCUGCACAAGGGGAUGGGAUUGAAGCGGACACGCUUGGAUGCGCUCCGUAUGUCCCUUACCACCCAUACUAUAAGCGAGACAAAGUUUCGGGAUAUUGAAAUGGAGAAAAGGAAUCCACGUAGCGUGGUUGCUGUCAUACUCGGUGGUGGUGCUGGUACCCGCCUAUUCCCCCUCACCAAGAGGAGGGCCAAGCCUGCGGUGCCAAUUGGAGGUGCAUACAGGCUGAUUGAUGUGCCCAUGAGCAGCUGCAUAAACAGCGGCAUCAAUAAAAUUUACAUUCUCACGCAAUUCAACUCUGCAUCCCUUAAUAGACACCUUUCGAGGGCUUACAACUUUGGAAAUGGUGUCAAUUUCGGAGAUGGUUUUGUGGAGGCCUUGGCAGCUACUCAGACACCAGGUGAAGCAGGGAUGAAAUGGUUUCAGGGCACCGCAGAUGCUGUUCGACAGUUUCACUGGCUUUUUGAGGAUGCCAAAGGAAAGGAGAUAGAGGAUGUACUUAUUCUAUCUGGAGACCAUCUAUAUCGUAUGGACUACAUGGAUUUUGUUCAGGACCAUAGGAAAAGUGGUGCUGACAUUACAAUUUCAUGUCUACCUAUGGAUGACAGUCGUGCCUCUGACUUUGGUUUGAUGAAGAUAGAUAAUAAAGGAAGGGUUCUCUCAUUCAGUGAGAAACCUAAAGGUGAUGAACUAAGGGCUAUGGAAGUAGAUACGACAGUUUUGGGGUUGUCACAGGAAGAGGCGGAGAAGAAACCAUACAUUGCUUCCAUGGGUGUGUAUGUCUUUAAAAAGGAGAUUCUUUUGAACCUUCUUAGAUGGCGUUUUCCUACAGCAAAUGAUUUUGGAUCAGAAAUAAUCCCUGCAUCAGCAAGAGAGUUCUUCAUCAAGGCAUUUUUAUUCAAUGACUACUGGGAAGACAUUGGAACCAUCAAAUCCUUCUUUGAGGCAAAUCUUGCCCUUACUGCACAUCCUCCAAAUUUCAGCUUCUAUGAUGCAACAAAACCGAUGUACACAUCACCACGAAACUUGCCACCAACAAAGGUUGACAACAGCAAGAUUGUUGAUUCUAUUGUGUCUCAUGGAAGUUUCCUAGACAACUGUCUCAUUGAGCAUACAGUUGUCGGCAUACGGUCUCGCAUAAACCAUAAUGCGCAUGUAAAGGACACAGUCAUGCUUGGCGCAGAUUACUAUGAAACUGAUGCAGAGGUAGCAUCACUUUUGGCUGAAGGGAGAGUCCCUGUUGGAAUUGGGGAGAACACAAAAAUCAGAAACUGUAUUAUUGACAAGAAUGCAAGAAUUGGGAAGAACAUCAUUAUUUCAAAUUCUGAGGGUGUGCAAGAGGCGGACAGAUCUUCAGAAGGCUUCUACAUUCGAUCUGGGAUUACAAUCAUCUUGAAGAACUCAACCAUCAAGGAUGGCUUUGUCAUAUGACAAGCGAGCCUUGUUUCUUUUGUCAUCACUAUCACUGCAGCAAACUUCCAAUGUGUGUUGAACUAUGAUGUGACAACAAGAUGCUCACAUGCACGAGAAGACAUUAACCAUAACCUAGUCUGCAAUUAUCUGUGGAUGUUUUGAUUCCUAUCCAAAUAGAAUUACUAAUACAGGUUCAAUUGAUUAAGGAUGUAAAUGUGUUAUUGAUUUUCCAAGACAAGUGAGCACUCUUUUUUCAAAAUGUCAGUUGAUAUUUGUUACCUAGGAGUAGGCCCUACCCAGGUAGCCAGUGAGCUUGUUCAAAUCACCCUCGGCAGUCAAUCCUUACAUGUAUUUGUUAUAAUAGUUGAUGCACCAAUAUGUACUGGAUCGGUUGGUCAUAUUGAAAGCUUGCAGAUCUUAUAUA